UUUACUUGAGGGGGUAUCUGUAGCUGAUGCCCAAGAUGGAUUUGCAUCACACCGUUGUAUAACCACAAACUUUCAGUUCUGCAUAUGUGGAUCCAGUGUUUUCUCUCUGCAGCGACUUUUAGAUUUUAAUCUUUCCUCUCCCCACCUGGAGUAAAGAUUGCUUCAUCUGGCUGCCAAUGUGAAUGUUAGGAUACAAACUAUACCCAGCAUGGCUAUAUUGAAAAGUAUCCUCAUCCUUAGUCAGCUUCUUCCAUUUGUGAGGACCAUAAAUACCAUCUUCUUCCCAUGUGACACUGAUGUGAAUACCACAAUAGUAAACUGCUACCAGAGACCAAUCAAACAGGUCCCCUUCAUCAAGUCUCACACUGUAGUGGCAAUUAAUUUAAGUCGGACUAAGAUACAGCAAGUGGGCCAGUAUGCUUUCUCAGGUGUCCCAAACCUCCACACUCUGAAGAUUAUGUGGAACUGUCAACCGGGUCAUCUGAGAGAUUUGGAGGACCGCUUAUGCAAAAUGGAGAUCCACAAAGAUGCUUUCAAGAACUUACAAAAGCUUAAAUUUUUGUAUCUGGCAGGAAACAGCCUCACCUCUAUUCCCCGGUUACCUAAAAGCCUGGUGGUUCUCGACCUUCAGAAUAAUUGCAUCUUCAACAUUACAGAGCAUUUAAACACUCCGCAUCUCAAGGAGCUUCACCUCAACAAGAACUGCUUUUAUGCAAACCCUUGCUACCAGUCCUUUUACAUCGACGAGAGUGUUUUCAGAGAGCUAUCUGAACUCAAAAACCUUACCUUGGGGUAUAAUAAUCUCACAGUUAUCCCUAAAAGGCUACCACCCUCACUGGAGAGUCUGGAUUUAAGAGAGAACACAAUCACAGAGGUCUUAGAAGGCGCAUUUGCCAACCUCACUCAUCUCAAGUAUUUGAAUUUGGAGUGGAACUGCCAGCGUUGUGACCAUGCAGCCAGACCCUGCUUCCCUUGUCCACAAAAUCUCCCUCUACAACUACACCCAAACUCAUUAUAUGCUGAGAACAGCUCCAUCAGCUUCCUAAGCUUGAGAGGAAACUCUCUGAAAACCUUUCCAGAGGGUUUUUUCCGACCUUUGAAGAAUUUAAAGGGUUUGGACCUCUCUGACAACCUCCUGGCAUAUGCUAUACGUAAUGGCACCUUUUUUGCAGAGCUAAAGGGCCUCAUUUGGAUUAGCCUUAUCUAUAACUAUGAACCGCUGAAGACAUUUCCAAACCUGACGCUCUCCCCCCAUUUCAGCAAUAUGUCUAGUCUACGUUAUCUUCUUCUAAGUGGUAACUUUUUCCGCACGAUUUCAAGUGACAGCCUUAAUGUCGUGUCCAAAAUAAAAAAUCUAACGACACUAGAUCUGAGAAUGAACUUCAUAAAUACAUGUAACCUGACCUCUCUGAAACGAUUACCGUUUCUUACUGAUAUUGACCUUUCCCAAAACAUGCUUAAUUUCCUUCCAUGCUGCUCUAGUUCAUCUGAAAAUGUGGCACAUGAAAGCUGUCAGAACCAGAACUCGAAUACACGUAAUUUUCCUGACCCACCCCUGAUGCUUAUCAAUCAAAAAACCACAUAUGAAAGUGACACCUGGGAAUCCAGCCGGUCAAACAGGCUGAAAAUGAUGGAGGACGAUAAGUCACAAUUCAAAUCACUUGUGGACUUUAAAAAUUAUUUCUGCCGCGGUAAACUGAUGUUUGACCUGUCUCAAAAUGACAUUCUAUCUAUUAACAAAAGAGUCUUUGUAGGCAUGGAGAAUGCUGUCUGUUUAAACCUUUCCUUCAAUUACAUGAGCCAGGCAUUAAAGAAAGGGCAGUUUGUAAGCUUAAAAAAAAUAGUUUUUCUUGAUAUGUCAUACAAUAGACUUGAUUUUUAUUAUAAUGAAACAUUUAGUGAGCUUAAAAACACCCUGAAGGUAUUAGAUGUUAGUAACAAUGAGUUUCACUUCAAAAUGAAGGGCAUGGGUCAUCGUUUUGAGUUCCUUCAAAAUCUGACAAACUUGGAAGUUCUGAGUCUGGCAAACAAUGGCAUUGGGAUGCGAAUAGAUCAAAGGCUGAUCAGCAGCUCUUUGAAGUACCUCUACUUCUACGGAAAUCAUCUGCACAUUAUGUGGGAGGCUGAUAACAACAGGUACACUCAUUUCUUCCAAAACCUGACAAAAUUAAUCUACCUUGAUAUUUCUGACAAUAAUUUGAAGUCAAUCUUACCAGAAGUGCUUUGUAACCUCCCAGAAAGCAUGGAGACCCUCAGCAUCAGCAACAAUUUGCUGAACUAUUUCCCUUGGCGAAACAUCUCAACACUCAGCAACUUAUGUCACCUGGACCUCAGUCAAAACUUCCUCUUUAAUUUGCCUAAUUCAGUCAUAGAAUUUGGAGUACAUUUUUCUCUCUUGGACCUCAGCCACAAUCGCCUUAGUAUUAUUCCUGAAGAUUUCUUCAGAAUGGCGACAUCCUUGCGCUACCUGUAUCUCAGCCACAAUCAGAUAAAAGAACUGAACCAUCAGUUUCUCCCUGCCCCCUUUAAAAAUGGCAGUGCCCUUCACAAACUCACUCUGCAUGCCAACCCCUUUAGAUGUGACUGUGAUACAUCUUGGUUUGCAGACUUCUUGCGCACAACUCCGUUGCAGAUUCCUUAUCUCACCACACAUAUACACUGUGAUUACCCAGAGUCCCAGCAGGGUGUGAGUGUACUGUCUAUGGACCAGCGUUCCUGUCAGGACUUAUAUGGUGGCUUAGCCUUCCUCGUCUGUUUCUUCUUGGCUGUGACAUCCACUGUGUUGCCCCUACUGAAGCAUCUCUAUGGCUGGGACCUCUGGUAUUCCUUACAGGUGCUUUGGGCAGGACAUAAGGGCUACUCCCAGCUCCCUGGUAGUGAUUCACAUUACCACUAUGAUGCUUUUGUGGUGUUUGACACCGGGAACCAGGCUGUGACAGACUGGGUCUACAACGAGUUAACUGUCAAUCUGGAGAACUGUGGUCACAGGAGGUUUUGUCUCUGUUUGGAGGAGAGGGACUGGAUGCCUGGACUUUCAUGUAUUGAAAACCUCCAUAAUGCUGUGAACAACAGUGUGAAGACAGUGUUUGUGCUAUCCAGUGGUGCCACUGGUGGUGAGACGGUGAAUGGUGUGAUCCGGCAGGCUUUCUUCAUGGUUCAGCAGCGGCUAUUGGAUGAGAAGGUGGAUGCAGCUAUACUGGUGCUGUUGGAUGAGAUGUUCCCCAAACUCAAGUACCUUCAGCUGAGGAAACGGUUGUGCAAAAAAUCUGUGUUGUCUUGGCCAAAGAACCCAAGGGCUCAACCCCUUUUCUGGAAUCGAAUGAGAAUGGCAUUAUCAUCAGAUAACCUUAAAUUUUAUGACAACAACAUGAGUGAAAGUUUUAUAUGACUUCAAAUGACUUUUCAAAUACCUAUAUGUAUAUUUUAGAUUAGAAUGCAACAACUGCACUGUAAAUAUUGAGGACUAAUCUUUUAUCUGACAAAUUUGACUUUAAUACUGAUGAAAAUGGAUAAUUUUAUGACUUCAGAGAGCUUUGACCAGGACAUGAAAUGUUGCUAUUGUGGGCUGCAAAGUUAAUGAGACCCUGUACACUGUACACUUGAGAAACUGGCCUUACAAAUAAACUUGACUUGAUUACGCUUGA